AUGAAGUCUACAUUGUAUUUGUGUUUGUUGUUUCUUGGACUUCAAGUCCACGGUCAACUUAAGUCCAACCUCAAUGAUGGACAGCAGGAACAAAAAAUACCCCAUUCCCCAGAAGACUAUUCCCCAGCUGAAGGUGAAAACUUGGCUCAUGGCAAGAUAGCCCCCAGCAAUGCUGACUUCGCAUUUAGGUUUUACAAGCAGGUCAGAGAGGAGGCGGGCAACAAGAACAUUUUCUUCUCUCCUUUGAGCAUCUCCACUGCCUUUGCAAUGCUCUCCCUGGGGGCCAGAUCAAACACACUCCGUCAGUUGCACAAAGGCCUUGCCUUCAACCUGACAGAGAUGGAGGCGCAGGAGAUCCAUGAGGGAUUUCAGCGUGUCCUCCUGCUGCUGAACGACCCUCACCGAGAAGUCCAGUUGAGCAUGGGCAAUGCCCUGUUCAUAGACGAUCGACUGAAACUGCUCCAAAAAUUUUUGAAUGAUGUCACAAAUUUUUAUUAUUCUGAAGCUAUUUCUAGUAACUUCCAGAAUUCUCCAGAGGCUAUAAAGGAAAUCAAUAACUACAUAGAAACAAAAACCCAUGGGAAAAUUGUUGAUUUACUCAAGAGUCUUGAUCCAGACACCAUGAUGGUUCUGGUUAACUACAUUUUCUUUAAAGGCUACUGGGAAAAUCCUUUCAGUAAUUUGACCACCAGGGACGAUGACUUCUUGUUGGAUGUCAAGAAUUCUGUUAAGGUCAAAAUGAUGCAUCAAAACAAAGCCUUUAAUAUCCAUAGGGAUGAGAAGUUGUCUUGCUGGGUAGUAGAAGUCCCAUACAAAGGAAAUGCUGCUGCAUUGUUUGUUCUGCCUGAUGAAGGGACAAUGAAGCAGGUGGAGGAUGCUCUGCUAAAAGAAACAGUGUCUAACUGGAUGCAAUCACUUGAAAAAAGAAAAAUCUACCUGGACCUUCCAAAAUUCUCCAUCUCUGGCUCCUAUGAUGUUAAGAGCCUGUUUGAGAAAAUGGGUGUGACAGAGGUGUUCAGUGACCAGGCUGAUCUCUCUGGAGUGGCAGAUAAAACUCUUCUGAAGGUUUCCAAA